CCGACUCCGACACGUAAAAUUACAUAACUUCCAGUUUUCUGUUAUAAUAUCGUAUUAUCGUAAAAAAAUGAGUGAUUCGAGUGAGGAAGAUGAUCUAACGCCUGUGGAUGUUGCACUUUCCUCGCUAUAGCACCAGGCACUGCCAGCGCCCAACAUUUGCUCCUAGAAUUGACUAUCAGCACAUCUUUCAUUCUGCUGCUUCUAUGCCAGUUACGCCCGCUAUACAACAGUCUGAGGUGCCUACCAUCAUCAACAACAUAUGUACUGCAGAUUCUUCUGUAUUUGCAGAACAUAAUUAUAGUGUGAUGAGUCGUUCGAAAAGAAAGACAUUAGAUGAAGGUUCGAACAAACGUGAGGUGCAGCUUAAGGUAAAACAACUUCAAAUGGAAGAUAACCGUUUGCCCAAAAGGGGACUUUCAUACAAGCACUGCCGCGUUCCAGACAGUAUGACAUUGUGCAGCACAUGACGAAACCAGCUCAGCUUUUAGUGAAAAUGCAAUAACAAUCAACGAAGCACCCUAAAGGACGACGCUAUUCACUAAAAGAAUAAAAAUAUGGCAUUCUCGCUUUACAAAUAGAGUCCGAAGUGCUAAUACAGGCUGUUGUGUGAAUAUUUUUCACUUCCACCUGGCAAAGCGAUGAAAAGAUUAAACUUACCACAGUGGCAUAAACACAAUUAUAUUCGAAGGAAUUAAACACAAAAUAACCAAUCAGAUGGCAGUCGCUUUCGUAAAAACUAGUGCCUACGCCGAUUCUUAGGAUUACUUGUCAAGCUGACCCCAGGCUCCCAUGAGUCGUGGCAAAAUGCCGGGAUAACGCACGGAAGAUGAUGAGGAAGGACCUUUCACAUCUCCAAACUUCAUGCAUUAACCGUAAAGACUAUGCGUCUCUGUAAUAUGGUACAAUUUUGACUUAUUGGACACGUAUUAGUUGUGUAUUCCGUAGCAUUCGUUUAUAAGACUGUUAGCUUAGUCUCCUGACGCAAAACAAUUACUUACAUAUUUCAUAUUCGCUAGGCUAGGUGCACGACGGGUGCUGCUGUCCUUAUUUUGUGGGCUUCUCUACGGGAGUGAAAUUAUCAAACUGAUGCUGCUAGAAUUCAUGUGGGACAUUCCAUAAUAUUAUGUGUGUUCUCCCUCCACCGACUGCACUUUGCUAAUAAUUUCAUUUUAACAUGUGCCUAAGCCUUUCUCACUUCAAGGACCGCACGGAAGACCAGCGCUGGCUUUAUAUCUAGCAUUACGCUGAGUUGGGUCCAUUUCGUGAUGCACACUUAACAUAUCAGAACCAAAACGUAUUGUUACUAAAAUUAUAGGCAAAAAGUUGUAUCUACUGAUAUACAUACAUACAUACAUACAUAUAAUCACGCCUAUUUCCCGGAGGGGUAGGUAGAGACCACGGAUUUCCACUUGCUACGAUUCUGACAUACCUCUUUCGCUUCCUUCAAUUUCAUAACAUUCCUCAUACACCUCACAAUGUGUUUACAUUUUGUUAGAUAGAUAAUUCACUAUUUAUUACCGUUAUGUUAAAAUGUCAUUUUGGUCGGAUGUUCAUAUCCAAAGUUAUAUGGAAUUCGUGUCUUUUAUUUUCAUCAAAAUAAAUAUUGUUUUUUUUUUGACAUUAGGGACCUUUAAUAUCUCCAAAUUGAAUGUAUUAUUGACGAAUAGAAUUUAAUUUCCUUGCUUCAUUUUUAUAUUGUACAGACUGUAUUGUAACGUUUAGUAUAAAUACAAGUUGGCAGAUAUUUAUUUUGAUAAAAAAAAACUAAUAUGUUUAAUAUAAAUUUAUGUCCAUCUGUACAUUUUUAAUGUCUGCUUUGGCUUAGGUUAUUUGAUUUUCUUAUAAAUUGUUUCAUACUAAAAUGCAUGGACUUUCAGCAAAAAAGAGAAAAUCUGUUAUAGACAAAUGGUGUACUUGUAAUAAAUUAUUUACUAAGCUUGAAAAUGUACAUAAAAAUAUCUUUAUUUAAUCGUUUUUAUUUAUUUAUUAAAUAAUAUCAUUAUCUCUAAGAGCCACGACGCUAAUUGCCAGAUCUCUUCUAAUUGCCAUGGUGUGAUAGUAAGCUCCCAACGCUAAUUGGUAGGCCUUCACCUGUUCUUAUUAGCUUUAUAUUGUAAAUUUUAACGAAAGCCUAGGCUCCAUGGAUUGUUGUGUAUGUACAUAUAAAAAAGUCUUUAUUUAAUCGGUUUUUUCUUAUUACAUAAUAUCUUUCCCUCUAAGAGCCAUGACGCUAAUUCCCCGGUCUCUUCCAAUUGCUAUCGUGUGAUACGUUUAUUGUGGUAUAAAGUAUAUGUUUUUUAUAAACUGAAAUAGAUAUCAUACACUGAAGAAAAAGUGACCAAGUCCACCACACACACAGUAGCAAUCAAUUUAUUGUACACAACACAGGUUUACAAAAAUACUUUAUCAGAAAUCAGAAAUAUUUAUUGUGUAGGUAUAAGAAGUUUAACUAGGAACAUUUUUUGAUAAACAUAAACAUAUAGUAAUGGAAGUACAAAGGCGAAUUUAUCCCUAUAAGGGAUCUCUUCCAAAUAACCUUUGAGUAGAUGAGUGGGAAACUAGGCAGGUUAAGUAAAGUUAUGUUUACCCAUGCAUGAGGUAGAUAUUGCCUCCUGUAUUUGUAUAUGUUGCGAUGUUUUCCUCAUGUAAAUGUUAUAUCGACAUGUGUAGUAAACUUUUGGCUCCUGUAUUUGUAAAUGUGACGAUGUUUUCUUCAUGUAAAUGUUAUAUCGACUUGUGUAAUAAACUUUUGAAUUUUAAAUUAUGAAAUAUCAACUAUCUUUUCUUUCCAAUUUAUAC